AUGGUUAUUAACCAGCCCUCCAACCAGAUCAAACUGACGAAUGUCUCCCUCGUCCGCCUGAAGAAAGCCAAAAAGCGCUUUGAAAUAGCCUGCUACAAGAACAAAGUCCUCGAAUGGCGCUCCGGCGUCGAAACCGACCUCGACAACGUACUGCAGAUCAACUCGGUCUUCUUAAACGUCUCCAAAGGUCAAACAGCCCCGGCUUCGGAUUUAGCAAAAUCCUUCGGUCCCAAGACUUCCGUGAAUGAUAUUAUCCUCGAGAUUCUCAACAAGGGCGAGCUGCAAGUUGGAGAGAAGGAGAGACAUGCGCAACUUGAGAGAGUGCACAAUGAAGUUGUUUCCAUCGUGGCAGGGAAGCUGGUCGAUCCAAAGACGAAGAGGGUUUAUACCACGGGCAUGAUUGAGAAAGCGCUUGAGAUGUUGAGUUCCCAGGGUUCGCAGGCCCAACAGGAGAAACCUGCCCCGGCAGCCGGAGCAGAGGAUGGACCUGCUGCAGAAGAGGCGGAGGCAAAACCUAAAGUCAGGGAGCAUGUUUGGACCGGAGUUGUUGCCACAAAGAGCGCGAAGAGCCAAGCCCUCGAUGCUAUGAAAGCCUUGAUCACGCACCAGCCUAUUCCAGUCGCCCGUGCCAGAAUGAGACUUCGAGUUAGUUGCCCAACCGGCAUCCUCAAGCAUGCGGCCAAGUCCGCUGCUCCCAUAAACCCAGAGGAUGGUGAGGAGAAGUCCAAGGGUACGGUAAAGGAUCGGAUUUUGAGCUACAUCGAACAGGUUGAAGUACAGGAAGUUGUUGGCUCGGAAUGGGUCGUCACGGGUUUUGUAGAGCCAGGCGCUUUCAAGGGCCUAGGAGAUUUCGUUGGAGGCGAGACUAAAGGUCAAGGAAGGGUAGAGGUUUUGGAUAUGGCUGUUACUCAUGAGGAUUGA